UGUUUACCUCUGCAAGAGAACAAUGCAAAAUAAGGCAAGACUAGAGCUUGCAGAUUAUGAAGCUGAAAGCCUGGCCAGGCUGCAGAGAGCAUUUGCCCGGAAGUGGGAGUUCAUUUUUAUGCAAGCGGAGGCACAAGCAAAAGUGGACAAGAAGAGAGACAAAAUUGAAAGAAAGAUCCUCGAUAGCCAAGAGAGAGCAUUCUGGGAUGUACACAGACCUGUGCCUGGAUGUGUAAAUACCACAGAAGUGGACAUUAAGAAGUCAUCCAGAAUGAGAAACCCACACAAAACACGGAAGUCUGUCUAUGGUUUACAAAAUGAUGUUAGAAGUCAUAGUCCAACCCACUCACCCACACCAGAAAUGAAACCUCCAACAGAAGAUGAACUGCACCAACAGAUAAAAUAUUGGCAAAUACAGUUAGACAGACAUCGGUUAAAAAUGUCAAAAGUUGCUGAUAGUCUACUAAGUUACACGGAACAGUACGUAGAAUACGACCCGUUUCUUGUGCCACCUGACCCUUCUAACCCUUGGCUAUCUGAUGAUACUACUUUCUGGGAACUUGAAGCAAGCAAAGAACCGAGCCAACAGAGGGUAAAGCGAUGGGGAUUUGGCAUGGAUGAGGCAUUGAAAGACCCCAUUGGGAGAGAACAAUUCCUGAAAUUUCUAGAGUCAGAAUUCAGCUCAGAGAAUUUGAGAUUCUGGCUAGCAGUGGAGGACCUGAAGAAAAGGCCCAUCCGGGAAGUGCCCUCACGAGUUCAGGAAAUAUGGCAAGAAUUUCUGGCUCCAGGAGCACCCAGUGCCAUUAACCUGGAUUCUAAGAGUUAUGACAAGACAACCCAGAAUGUGAAGGAGCCUGGGAGAUACACGUUUGAAGAUGCUCAGGAGCACAUUUACAAACUGAUGAAAAGUGACUCAUACCCCCGUUUUAUAAGAUCCAGUGCCUAUCAGGAACUUCUACAGGCAAAGAAAAAGGGCAGAAACAUCCCUAUUUUCCCAUGCCAUAAAAACUGCACACCAACACUGAGGGCCAGCACUACCCUGUUAUGAAAAGAGGGGAAAUCUCUCACGUCCAAGAGGUUAACAAGCCUUGUUCAGUCUUACUAAAAGGAUCAUCUUGUGGCGUGGAAGCAGACUGGCGCCACUGCACAUACUUUGUAGCUCGUCCUUGUUUACCUGGAGAAGAGAAAGUUAGACCAAGAUGUUGCAUGAAGGAAGGACCUGAAUUGUUCUAUUUUGUGUGCACGUAAGGCAUUGUCAUCACCGAGGGACUCUGCCAUCUCAAUGCCUCCAUUCCAAACUGUCGUCUGCCCUCUUCCUCCUUCUACCAAGCUAGAUCUGUGUCUUUUCCUUUUUAAAAAGUUCAAGUGAAGUAAAACUUUUUCCCCCUUUCUUUCUCUUAAAGCUUCUGCUAGACACACAGUUCAUGGGAAAUUCAGUCAGUCACAAACUGGAAGAAUUGUUAAAGAAACAAAAACAUAUAUCAAUAAGUAUACAUAUGGUUUCACAUUUAUUCAAUAAUAAAUUAGCACACAAAGUUCCAUUUCACCAAUGUAUUUGGUCUGAAACAAGUCAUGUCUUUGUCUGUUGUCUACAUUCUCAGUUAAUGUUUCUUGCAUUUAUUUUUUAUACCAUAUUUAAGUAAGAAACACCUUUUACUCCAAGUGUAUCAAAGUUGACCCCCUUCUCUGUAAAUUUGUGUAUGUUUAUAUUGUUGUUUUAUCUUUCAUUAAAAGAUGCAGAAUCUCCUUGCUCUUGUA